CCGUCUAACGAACGAACAGACGGACGAACUGAAGGACGGACGGAAGGACGGCCGCUGUGGGAGGUCCGCAUUGCGGUGCUAUGGCGAUCGCACUCCGCAUUCGCAACAUUGUCUUUGUUUCGGGAAAACUGGCUGAAACCCACUCAUUUGUUGUGAGUGGGUUCUCACCAGGGAGGAAGACGGAGCCCGCCUUUCGUGAAUAGGUGGGAUGAUGGGUGGAAUGACGUUAGGGGCGGUUUACGGAAGCGAGGGUUUGUGCUUGCAGUGGUUGUCGUUGUGAACGCUGACGAGGAGAGGUAACCUUGGGCGUCGAAUACAACGCCAGAUACGCAAUUUGGAGUCACAGACUCCUCCCUCUCCCUAAAACUGUGUGGUCUGUUUCUUCUCGAACUUUGGUGUGGAAUUUGUUUGAGUGUGUUAUUCGUGUGCUAACCUGUCCACUCACGGUUUCUCUUGAUUUCUUAUUUUCAUUUUUUCUCUAUUUUGCAGCACUUGCGAACCACGACGUGUUUUAUGAGGUAUACAUCCAUGUCGAGCGUCAUGAGCUCCACCAAUGCUAGCUCGGGGCAUUCCAGUUGUGAGACAAUAUACAGUACCGAUGAAAGCGACGAUGAUGAUUGUCAGGUAUUGUGGUCGCGCCCACCACCGAGGGAAACUGUUUCAGCAGCCACAUCGAAUAAAUCUCAAAGUUCCUCGUGGUCGGAUUGGGAGGUCAGAUCAUGUAGGAAAAGGCCUAGGAAUGGAAAAAUAAGGAAUGGUUACUUGGCACCUGAUAUCGUUGAAGAUUCCCAACAAAACCUUCGCAGGCAGUGGGAGGAAGCUACACUUCGGCGUCGAACAUGCCCUCCCAUGCAGAGUGAGGGGUCUAAAGCUGGCACAUAUGGUUGGGACCCUCGGCCACCACAAUCAGCAAGAUUUCGAAGAGAAACUGAUUCAUCCGCAACUUUAGGUGGGGACUCUCCAGCGGCGGAAACGGUUCAGUCGAAUGGCAACGUCAGUCCAGCGAGAGAUCUUAGCUUUCCGAACCUGUCGGAGGGUACCUCCACGUCUUCAGAUUCGGUGGUUCAGACUCCAGAGGUCGAACCUACGGAGCAUGACAACACAGAACAUGACGAAGUUGCGUCUGGGAGCAGAAAGCCUGCUGCAUCUGUCUUUGCAGCCAAAUAUCAUGCUUCUGCUAAGAGAAGCUAUCCCGUCUUUGCAGCAGAUGACCAAGAGUUACAUGAAACGUCAAGUAAUUCGGUCUUUCCCAAUGGUGAGAAUAUCUUGAUCUUCAACAUGCAUGCCGCUAGGGCAUCAUGUUCAACCGAUGUUAGAAAAGGCUGCAAGAGACGGCUUGGGCCAGAUGACAUCCACGAUGCUCCUGCGAACCAUUUUACAUUCCGCAGUAACGGGACUGAUGGAGCAAGCACGAGUGGGCAAGUGGCACAGGGCACGGCUGGCGUAAAGCACAUGGACGUUGAUAAUCAAAGUAACAGAGAUUCCGGGGGACUGGAACCUGCUUCUGAUUUUGCAGCAGGGCAGGACUUAGUGGGAGCGCGUGAGAAGCUAAAAGAAACUACUGAUUUUAAGCUGGCGGAUGAAGCAGAGUGGGCAAAUCGAAUGCAGGAGUUGCAGAAACAGGCUCUAGAGGCUCAAAGAUUGCGCGAGCGCAAGAGGGCUGAAACCGAACGGAAGAAUGAGGUUGAACUACGGCAGAAGCAGAGACUGGAGGAGAUUCGUCUUACGCAGCAGAGGGAGGAAAAGAACAUGGGAAUGAAGGACCAGCUGCGUGGCAAGGUGCAGGCUGAUCUUGAGCGCUUGGCUUCAGAGUGCAGGGAUAUGACCUCAUUGCUUCGCCGCCUCCAGAUUCCUGUCGAAGGUGGUAAAUAUCCAUCUGCGCAACAGGUUAAUGCAGCCUACAAGAAGGCCCUUCUUAGAUUUCAUCCUGAUCGAACCUCUGCAAUUGCUCAAGGUGAUCCUAAGCGUCAAGUGGAAGCCGAGGAGACAUUUAAGCUCAUCACUCGUAUGAAGCCAAUACUGAAGCCUAGCAUCAUGCUCACUGCAAUGACUGCUAGAUGAUCAUGGGUACGAGGAUUGCGGCAUAAAAUUUCUAUUAAUAAGUUUGCUCUUCGAAGGUUAAGGCUGCCAUUUGGUUCUGAGAAGAACAGAGCUUUGGAACAUCAGAAAACCCCUCCUGAUACAUCGACUCUGCCGAUCCUUAAUUUCUUGCUGAUCUCUGCCACUCGUCUCUCUCAGUCGGCGUUGGAACUGAACUUUAUAAUUCAGUCGAGUCUGAUGUCCAAGAUGGAGGAAUGGGAUCAACGUACUUGUGUUUUACGUCAAAUUUAUUGGACUACCUGGCUUCGUCUGCUUGAUUGAUCUACCUUGCGGAUUUCGAAUGAGAUUCGAUUGUCAUUCGGCCCAUGUGAAGCAGACUUGGUUCUAGGAAAGAAAAUACUACAAAAUGGCUUGCGAGGCCACAGGAGCCUUGCUCAUCUUCUUUCUCGACCCUAGUGUAAUCAAUAUUCUCAGGUUGCACCGUGGCUGGAGGCAACGCAUGUGAAUUGCGUUUAGCAGCAUUUUCGGAAUUGAUUAAUGGUAGCAGUGAACGACUUAGGUGUAGACAACUACCAGUGAAAGCCAGCUGAAGAGUGUUCUGCAAGGUAGAACCUUCCAAGUUCUAAUAGUCCUGCACUUUGAUAGACAUUCUGAGACAUAGAAUUGCCGUGACUUGUGCCCUAGCCUCUGGUCAAAUCCGCUUGCAUCGAUGUGGCUUAAUUUUUUUGCUUUUGCUGAUAUACAUGGCACGCCAAGAGCUUAGUAUCUGUUCGCAAUUUUAUUUAUCGCAGAGCAGUUGUAAUAUUAAUAUGCAUCUUCUUCCUUUGAUACGACUGCUUUUAA